UUCAGUGCUGUCUGGCUUUCUUCGCCUCAAACUGGCGGAUUAAAUAGCGCAGUUUUUGGCCAGACUUCCUUUAAUCCUUUUAUUUGUGUACAAAUUGGGAGAAAGCACACCCUACUACCUGUCAGGAUGUUGGCUACAGUCCGCAAGCAACUUAGGAACCACCCGGCUCUGAUUCCACUCUUCUUCUUCAUCGGUGGCGGCACAGUCAUGUCAUUGAUGUACCUUGCUCGCCUGGGCCUGAGGAACCCGGAUGUCUGCUGGGAUCGCAAGAACAACCCCGAGCCCUGGAACAAGAUGGCCCCGACUGAUCAGUACAAGUUCUUCGCGGUGAACACGGACUACAGCAAACUGAAGAAGCAAGGGCCCGACUUCUAAAGCGUCUCUCGUCUGCUGGACCAAAAUGCACAAGCACACUGAAUGGUCUUGUUGUGAUGCCACGUUCAUAUUUAAGCUUCCUCAUUGCAUACCCUUUUAUUUGAAACACCUCUCGUCUACAGUUUUGGGUGUGUGACAAUAAAGUGAAAGGGGUCUUUUCUCCUCCUCACAAGAGAAAAGAAUCUGUUUCUUUUUAUUGGGAUUAUUUUUCCUCUGUCCUUGUGCACUCUUGCUUGCUUUUUAUUUACUGGGUUUCAUCAUCACUUCACCUCAUUUCACCUUCAUCGUGUUCACUUCAUUUGGCCGCUAUCCAGAAGCUUAUCAGUCGAAUUAGGUCAUAAAUCCACAGGGAGAGCCCUCUAGGAAAAUUGCAUCACCAAGCAAGCCAGCAAAGAUGUUUUAUUUUCAAAUUUUUUUUUAAGUAACAAGCGGAGAAAAGAAUAGUUGUGCUUUAGCGUUUCAUUUUCUUCUUCAGUCUGAUAAGUUUGUGAAUGUCAACAUGUCGCUGUGUGAGAGAUGUUGCCGUGUGCGUGAAAGGUGACAAGGAUGAGCAGCCAACGCGGGCGCACAAAAUGUCAAGAAGACCUUUUGUGUUCGAACAGAAGCACUCGACUAAAUCCACCACCACCUUCACUCGCUUAUAUCUUUUGGGGAACGGCCUGUGCACAAUGUAGAGGCCUUCCUUACCUAUGAUAAGUGCUUUUUAAUUACGAUGAGAAAGGAUCAUCCACCAGCAGUAGACUCACAAAAAAGACAAGCCAUGCCUGAAAAUACAGGGAAUCUACCAUUUUGGUCAUUUCCCGGAGUCCUCUAAAGUCAACUCAUCCUGGAGAUUUUCUGAUUGUUACAAAGUUUGGUAUUACCACCAACGCUAGACCAUAGGCGUCCAAAAUAUAGCCUGGGGGCAAUUUGUGUUCUGUCCUCCAUUUUUUUGCGGCCUGUGCCAUUAUUAUAGAAAUAGAAUUGGAGUGGGGGACAGGUUUGAAGUGUUUCUUUUUUAAAAAUUUGGUCUUUAUUGAUCACAUAAAUCAACACAUGAUAGUUUAUUAAAACCGAAAAGAAAAUCAAUGUUCAAUAGAAGUAGGAAGAAGUCAAAAACGUAUCAGGUCCGACCCCUAAUUCUGAGUUGCGACACCAAUGACCAUUACUAGAGCUACCACAAAUAAGAAUACAUUGGUUAUAUAGUGUUUUAUUAGUACACAAAGACAUAAAACAGCUAUUUAACAAACAUUUUGUUUAUGUCUCAAUGAAUAAAGCUAAUUCAGUUUCAGAAGAAAAUGGUGUGAAUCGCGAUUGUUUGCGUCACUAUCUAUUCCUGUUAAGGUUGAAUUUGUGGAACAUGUCACACUAAUGAUCCUAAAGAUAGCUCCGUUUUGUUUCUGAAUUUGGAGAUCUGCUCACUGCAGGGGUAGAUCACUCUGAAAAUGUAGCAGUUUUUAAAAUAUAGUGACACUCCGAUCAGGUGACCGGAACAAGUUCUCACGUGACACAGUUGGAGGAAGCUUGCUGAAUGAAUUUGUCUUCAAUCUAAGCAUGAAAAAUGUCAAUGUGGCGCUUUCAGCCUUUCUUUUUUUUCUGUACGAAGCCCAUCCAUCCAUCCAUUUUCUGAGCCGCUUCUCCUCACUAGGGUCGCGGGCGUGCUGGAGCCUAUCCCAGCUGUCAUCGGGCAGGAGGCGGGGUACACCCUGAACUGGUUGCCAGCCAAUUGCAGGGCACAUAGGAACAAACAACCAUUCACACUCACAGUCAUGCCUACGGGCAAUUUAGAGUCUCCAAUUCAUGCAUGUUUUUGGGAUGUGGGAGGAAACCGGAGUGCCCGGAGAAAACCCAUGCAGGCACGGGGAGAACAUGCAAACUCCACACAGGCGGGGCCGGGGAUUGAACCCGGGUCCUCAGAACUGUGAGGCCACCGUGCCGCCUCUUUACGAAGCCCUCGGAGAAAAAGGUUUGAACACCCUGCUCUAGACAAAUGUGUAAAGCUAAAAUGCAAAAAACCUAGUUUUAGUUAUAUUGGGUGGGUGGUGCAUAGUGGCAAUGUUUGAUGAUUCACCAUAAAACACAUACCUUCAGUAAUGGUAGAUAUUUUUUUUUUCUCUCAAUUUGAUUUACCUGUAUUAGAAAAUUCAGCCCUGAAAGCACAUUAAACUUAGGAACAUGAAAGUUCACGGGUAGAGCCUCAAAAAUGUCUCAAAAAGCAAUGCUUUCAAAGAGACAGAAGGUUGUCCAUAUUGUCUGGAUGUGGUCCUGGAAGCAGUUGGAUGAGUUGCCAUGGUAACCACUCGACUCAACUAAUGCUUUCCCACACAGGUCAGCAGUAUGUUGCCAUGAGUAUAAUUGUCAUUGAAACAAGAAAUAACCAAUAUAAUUAAAUCCAAUACAAUUGUAAAAAUACAGUACAACUCCUACAACUUUUUUACACUGAGAUCUACAACAGUUUUUAAUGUUAUUAUUUAUACUCAUUUUUACCCAUCUAUGACACUCGCUACUUAAAAUAUUGUCUGUACAUUUAAUGUGUACAGGAACAGAUUAAUUCUAUUUCCCUUAUGUCUGAUGGAGGGAAAGAAAACAGCGCCGCACAACAAAUUGUGUCCACUUUAGUCAUGUAAAUUGCUAUGUAAUACUGCUACUACUAUAACUAUCCAGCCGGCAAUGUUUUAUAGUGCUUGAUGUCAUUAUGGGGUUGAGCAAUUAGGACACCCUGGACUAGUUGCCGUUCAUUUGCAAGGCAUAUACUAGACAAGCAAGCGUUCAUGCUCACAUCCAUACCUAUGGACAAUUUAGAGCACACGUCAAACUCUGAUCCAGCCCUCUAUGUCAUUUUAUUUGGCCUGUGGAAGCUUUGCCACCAUUCUGCCUCAACUUCUGUUUACAUCUAAAAUAUAUGAAACGAAAUGCAGUAUCGAUUAUGUAAUAUGGGUGAUUUUUAGGGUUGCUAUACAGAACAAAGUGGAACUGCCUCACGCUCUAGCCACAUGCCUAAUCCUUAAGCAUUCAGUGUGACUCAACUCGCACAUGUCAGGACCAGAAAUAAAAAAUAUGAUGGUUUCAAAUAUGUUCAAAAUAAUGUGAAUGGCAAUAAAUCUGCGAGAUGA